AUGACGUUGGACAAGCAAUUGCACAAUGCGCGCAUUGUGUCGAGUGUCGCAGCCACGGUCAUUUCGCUGGCCUGUGGUACCAAUUAUGUAUACUCGGCAUGGGCGCCUCAAUUUGCCGACCGAUUGCUCCUUUCCGCGACCGAAUCCAACCUGGUAGGACUCUUUGGCAACCUGGGCAUGUAUUCAAUGGGCGUGCCUGUUGGUAUGCUAGUUGACAAUAAAGGGCCUCGACCCGCUGUUAUAAGCGGCUCUAUACUGCUUGGAGUAGGAUACUGGCCUCUACACUCGGCAUAUAAUGCUGGACAUGGCUCAGUGCCCUUGAUGUGCUUCUUCUCGUACCUGACGGGUCUCGGAGGCUGCCUGGCAUUUGCAGCUGCAGUCAAGACUUCCGCGCUGAAUUGGCCGCACCAUCGCGGAUCUGCCACAGCCUUUCCAAUGGCGGCUUUUGGCCUCAGCGCAUUCUUCUUUGCUUUGGUCGGUUCCAUCUUCUUCCCAGGAGAUCCAGGCCGCUUUUUGGAAUUGCUCGCUGCUGGUACUUUUGGUCUUACUUUUGUUGGCUUCUUCUUUUUGCGUGUUUAUCCGCAUGGUCACUAUCACACAGUCCCUCAUGCAGAGGAGAACUUGUCAGAUUCACAACAGCUGCACAGGUCAAUUUCGCACGACUCUAGAAAGUCCCACGCUGGUCGCGGGCAGCUUGUCGAGCCCGGUAUGUCUUCUGAUGAUAGCACCAUCCCAGAGACCGAUGCGCCAGAGUCGAGCGGCAAGCCCGGAAGUUCGGACAGCCGUGUCGCUGAUGUCGAGGUCGCCGGCCACUCAAAACGUCUACCAGCCGAAGUCGAGGAAGUCGCCGAGGCAGAUGAGACCUCUUCACUCAUGUCUCGUUCUACUUCGGCCUCUUCGUUACCAGGCGACCUGCUUCUUCAGAACAGUGUUGACCUGGAUCGUUCUCAUCGUGUAGAUAUCAGAGGUUGGGCUCUAUUGAGGAACCUCGAGUUCUGGCAAUUGUUCUCCAUUAUGGGCAUAUUGUCGGGUAUUGGUCUCAUGACUAUCAACAACAUCGGUAAUGAUGCAACUGCUCUUUGGAAACACUGGGACGACUCAAUAGACGACAAGACACUUGUUCUUCGACAACAGCUGCAUGUUUCUAUUCUAUCAAUAGGAAGUUUCACCGGAAGGCUACUGAGUGGCACUGGCUCCGACUUUUUGGUCAAGGUUUUGCACGCAAGUCGAGUAUGGUGCCUCGUGCUUGCUGCGGGGAUUUUCUCAGUUGCACAAAUAUUUGCCUUGAAUGUUGAAAACCCUCAUCUGCUAGGAUUCGUUUCUGGAUUCAGCGGUCUCGGCUACGGUUUUCUAUUCGGAGUGUUCCCGUCGAUCGUGGCCGAAUCAUUCGGUAUCCAUGCACUCAGUCAAAACUGGGGUUAUAUGACAUUAUCACCGGUUAUUAGCAGUAAUAUCUUCAAUCUGUUUUACGGCUGGGUGUUCGAUGCUCAUUCCAUUGUCGAGCCCGAUGGCAGUCGAGAUUGUACAGAGGGCUUGUCAUGCUACAGGGCUGCGUAUCUGGUCACAAUUUGUGCCUGUGCGUUGGGAGUAGUUGUGACCUUGGCUGUAAUUUGGGUCCAAAAGCAGGCCAGGCUCAAGGAAGCCAGCAAAGCCCGCCAGGAAGACUGA